UAUGAGGGUCUCUGCCUGGCGCGCCCGCCGCUCCAGCCAUCGCGCCCAUCCUCAGGAUCUGCGGGUCCUUUUCCUCGGCGACAGGCUCCCCACACCAAGCGGUCACCAUUUCCGCCCCCGGGAGAUCCACGCUGGCCGCUCAGCCCCUUCCCCGACUCAGCAUCGGGAGGAAGACCCUGGUGGCGGCCGCCGUGGGGGUUAUGCUGGUCCUGGUCCUGGUGGUACUCAUCCCCGUGCUCGUCAGCUCCGUGGGGACGGACCCCAGCCACUAUGAGAUGCUGGGCACCUGUCGGAUGGUGUGCGACCCCUUCCUGAACAAGGGAACCCCGAGCAGCAGCACCAGCUCCACCGGCUUGCAAGCGGAGGCGGAGGCGCUGAGCGACCACGGCAACGUGCUGCCGCCCUCCACGCUCCUGCAGGGCCCGCAGGGAAAGCCUGGCAGGCCAGGGAAACCAGGGCCGCCGGGGCCGCCCGGUGAACCGGGCCCGCCCGGACCGGCGGGGCCUCCGGGGGAUAGGUCCGACCAGGGAAGGACUGGGAUUUUGGGUCUGGGGGGGGACGGAGCUAUCAGCACGGCCACCUACAGCACGGUUCCUCGGGUGGCCUUCUACGCCGGCCUCAAGAACCCGCACGAGGGCUACGAGAUCCUCAAGUUUGACGACGUGGUCACCAAUCUGGGCAACAACUACGACGGCAUCGCCGGCAAGUUUGUGUGCAGCAUUCCGGGCACGUACUUCUUCAUCUAUCACGUGCUGAUGAGAGGAGGCGACGGCACCAGCAUGUGGGCCGACCUCUGCAAGAACGGACAGGUUCGGGCCAGCGCCAUCGCCCAAGACGCGGACCAGAACUACGACUACGCCUCCAACAGCGUCAUCCUCCACCUAGACGCCGGGGACGAGGUCUACAUCAAGCUGGACGGCGGCAAAGCACACGGCGGGAACAACAACAAGUAUAGCACCUUCUCGGGCUUCAUCCUCUACGCCGAUUGAGCGCACGUCCCGACAGAAAAAAAAAGAAAAAAAAAAAAGACAGUCCAGCAGGACUGAAGGAAAGAGUUGUGGGGUGGAGAGGAUGUGUGUUCAAGGCCUUCUAGUUUCCCCCUGUUCUUCUCUCCAUCAUCACGGACUUUCUCCGGGCGCUGUGGCCGAGGCCUGGACACACUGGCAGAGGGGACAGUGGGAGAUGCCAGUGGGGACAGUUGGGGGGGCACGUGAGGCCGGCCGGGCGGGUACCUUCCAAGCGCCAAUGUGUCGGAAGCUCCUCGCUAACAGCGUCUCAUCCUCUCUUUUCCCCCCAUCCCUCUAUUCCCCCCAUCGCACAACACAGUCCGUCCGUCCGUCACACCUCUUCUCUCCACAGCUGACUUGACUGAAAUCCGUAGUGUCGUUACGUGCAAUUUAAACCUUAGAUUGUGUUUUUAUUUGGUAGCGAUGCAUAAUAACCUGCACUGAUUGACGGAAAUAAUAAUUAAAAAAAACAACAAAAAAAACGAUAAUAUCCUUGUCCCCUUUGUGAAGAGAGAUGUUGUUAUGGAAGUGGCAGGUGACUUCUGUGUUCAUCCAAUAACAUUCAGCACUGUAUGGAAAACGACUCCUCUAUAUCGACCGCACCCUCAGCCACGUCCAGCUGCUGCU